AUGUCUGAAUCAGAUCAAUCCUCCCCAAACUCUCCAGUUCACAACUCAAACCAAACCAAUAACAACAACUCCCGAAUCCUUGAUCCCUAUGUUAUACACCCUAGUGAUAAUCCAGCUACUAUUUUGUUCUCUCCGUUGCUUCAAGUUGAUAACUAUGGUUCCUGGGUUCGAGGAAUUACCAAGGCAUUGAAUUCCAAAGGAAAAUUGGGAUUUUUCGAUGGAUCCUUAACACCUCCAGAAGAUGAUCUCACCCAUCGCUGCUGGAAACAUUGUGACGACCUAGUGGGAAGUUGGAUUCUAAAUUCUGUCCAUCCAGACAUCCGUGCAAGCUCAAUUGCUUCCAUCAAGCAGGAAUUUAUGCCUGUUUCACUCUACUAUACAAAAAUAAAAACACUUUGGGACCAGUAUGAUUCUCUGGUCGCUUCUACGGAAGCUUGUAUUUGUGGUGAUGAAAAGCACAUGUUGGAAAGGCUGGAGAGAGAUCGUGCCAUUGAGUUUUUGCAGGGUAUCCACGACAGGUUCUCCAAUCUUCGCAGUCAAAUACUGACUAUGGAGCCCUUCCCUACUGCUCUGCGCAUCUUCAACCUGGUUAAACAGGAAGAAGAACAACAACACAUAAUUGUUUCUCCCUUGCCAACUGUUGACGUUGCUUCUCUCAGUUCUAAUAGGUACUUUCCAUCAACCUCUCGUGCUCCAGUAAGCCAUAACAAACGUCAGAGUCCACACUGCGAUUACUGCAACAGACACGGUCACGUUCGAGACAAAUGCUACCGUCUUCAUGGUUUUCCUACCACCAACAACUCUCUGCCUCCAUCCAACAAUAAACUGCAAAUCACUGCUGCUGAUACAGCCGUGCCAGCUGAUACAUCUGUCGUUCAGCAAGCUCUUCCAACACUGUCUGCUGAUCAAUAUGCUCGUCUUCUAACUUUGAUCAACCAUGCACCAGAAUCUGCACAGAUUGAACCCCGUGCCGACUUUGCAGGACUGUGUCACGAGACAAGUGAUUGGUCAGGAUGA